AUGGUAUUUUCAACUUUUAUUUUACGGUAUGUUGAGUCAAAGUUCACUCUACUUACAUAUUUAAUGGCGAAUAAUACGGUAAUCACUGUAAUAUCUUACUGCACAAAGGGACUGAACAACAGCAAAACAAAACAAAAGCCUAUCCCUACCAUACACAACAAGUCCAUUAAAAGCGGAGUUUUUAAUUUGACUGAAGGGAGUUAAUUUUUGCGGCAUUUUAUUUUGCGGGUUUUUUUUUUUUUUGCGGGAACUAAUUUUUGCGGAUCGAGGUCAAUCCGCAAAAUUCGCAAAAAUUAAAACCCGCAAAAUUUUCAUGCUACACGGUAGGCUGCUGAAAAUUGAACCACUUUCCUUACUCUUUGUAUUUGCGUUGUAAUGAAUAAACCAAUCACUUGUCGGGAAAUUGAGAGUGAUCUCAGUUCUGUUUUGGAACGCAAGUGAUUUGUCCAUUAAUUUUUUAAGAAAUGAACCUUAAUAGUGAAAUGUUUUUACAGAGAGUGUAUGGCACACAGUUUUCAUAAAAAUGUAAGUGUUGAUAGCAUUUUCUUUUUCGCCAAAUGUUACCAUUGUCUCGGUGAAGCUCAUUCUGUCACGGAAGGUAUUUUAAUAUGUCAUCGAAACCAUUUACUUGUAUAGACAGUAACAUACUUAUCUGUAAGCAGAAUAAGGAGAAAUAACGGCCCUUCAGCUUACUGAGGAGAGAAAAGCAUGUCAGUGAGAUCAAUCCGUUUGGAAUUUCAAGUCUUAACGUUUGCGUUUAUUGACAAAUAUUCCCUUACCUUUUUGUUUCCAGCAGGUUGGAACAACUCGGUUGUUGUUGAACUGCUCAAAGCUGAAUACAAAAGGCGCUGUCUGUUAAGACCACUUCUUUGGGAUAGCACUAUCGAGUUACCCCUAGAGAACGUUUACACGAGACUGAAAAUCAUUUCAAGACGAAAGUUGGCCAGCCAGAUGGAAGCCAAGGCGAAGGCGAAUAUGUUCCACGUCAUAGCCCCUGAAAAAGGUGCGGAUGUCCUAACGCUAGCACAGGGAAGUCCAAACUUGAGGGUGGACGUGAAUAGUGAGUUUAAUGAGUUAGAUUUCUUCAAAGCUCCUGAUAAAGUUGAGGAUGUCAUCAGGCUAGUAGAGGGACAAAAACCAGACUUAGUGAGUGGAAAUGACGAGGUGAAUGUUACUGAAAUCUUCAAGACCCUUGAAAAAGGUAAGGAUGUCAUGACGCUUGUCGAAGGAAGUCCAGGAAUCGGUAAAACAACAUUUUGCCUUAAACUUGCGUAUGACUGUACACAUGGAAAAAUCCCAACAGAGUGUUCUUUUCCCAAGUUUGAACUUGUGUUGCUCCUCAAAUGUCGAGACAUUGAUGGAAAUAUAAUGGAUACCAUAAGAGAACAGCUUCUGCCCAGAGAUAUUGAGGAGAAGAUUGUAGAGAAAUUGUUGCACUUCUUGAAGGAUAUUCAUAGCCAGGAGAGAAUUUUGAUCAUUUUGGAUGGUUUGGAUGAGCUGCCUGAAAAAUCACGGCACCAUGUAGAUGAGCUGCUUCACAGACGAAUUUUCCCAUUUUGCUAUGUUUUGGCUACGUCACGACAAGAAAGAGGAAUUGAAGCACGAAAAACCUUUGUCUUUGACAUUCAUUUAGAAAUCAAAGGGUACACGGAAAGUGAUUCUAUUGCGUAUGUCAGAAGACACUUUGAAACCAUUGGUCAGUCACCAAAGGGGGAGAGGCUCAUUGAGGAAAUGCAACAGAACACCUUCUUGAAUGCACUCCGAAAUAACCCACUAAAUUUACUUCUCCUUUGUGUUGUUUAUGAGGACUACGAGGGAAAAUUGCCGACUUCCCGGACGGAACUUUACCAAGUCAUUGUGCAAUGUCUUUUGAGACGAUACUGCGCCAAACGCAACCAACCGGCCCCUAGCAAUGACAUCGCCUUAGAGAGAAAAUUUGAAAAGGAAAUUCUUGCCCUUGGAGAGCUAGCUUGGUUAUGCCUUCUGAGUGAUCGUUAUGGUUUCCGCGAAUCUGAAUUGGAUGAGUUUGAAAGUAGAUACCCGGGAUUGGUAGCACGUGAGCUAGGCCUUCUUUACAAGGAGGAAAGUUUAAAGAGAUUAAAGCCUGAACAUGAGUACUGCUUCCUUCACAAGACCUUCCAAGAGUACGUGGCUGCAGCGUAUAUCGCAGAGAAGAUAGUAAAUGAACAGUUUAAUGUAUUUGAUCACUUUCUCUUUGCCGAGUUGGUAACGAAAUACCCACAAGUGUUUAUCUUUGUUUCUGGUAUGCUGGGCGAGAAAGCAACUGUCCUUUUCACCCAGAUUGGCGAGGAGUUAAAGAAAGAUGACUGGGACUGGAACGAGCAUUGCAGUGAGGAGGAAGCUACUUUCUUUAUUGAAAGCUUUAAUGAAAGUGGACAUCCUGAACAAACGGCAGCUACUUUAUGUAAAAUUAAACCUUUUCCAAAGGUCAUAACCGUUGAGUCAUAUGAAGGUCACAAUCCUUUUUUUCUUAAGGUUUUAAUGGCUUGUAAGAGCUUUUCAAAUCUACAGACCCCUGUUAAACUCUAUGCUGAUACAUACUUUUUGGGGGAAGGAGUCAGUGGCGUAUUGAAUUAUAUAGAAUCCUGUCCGCAGCUGACAAUCGUAAGUGUUGUUUUUGAUGAGGAAUCUUUGAUGUCAUUUGAGGGAGAUCGUCUUUGCAAAUGGUUUUCUGCGACCAAGAGUCUAUCAGAGUUUACUCUUAAAUUCAGAGAUCUUACCAUCCCUGAGGAAAGUGACCUGCUGGUUCAAAUUGUACAUGGGUUGGCUUCUUGUCGAACUCUGACAAAAGCAACGUUUUCUUUGUCUGGACAUGCUUAUAGCGAGGGUUUUUCAAAUGCACUUGAAACUGGAUUGGCACCGCUGACGUCUGUUGGUCUCGAGGUACGUGGCUCAAUGAGGUACACUGCGACACGAGCCCUACAAAAUUUUUUGUCAAAUAAAUUCUUGAAUUCUGUUUCUCUUUGUAUUGUUGGAGGCCUGUAG